GUCCUGCAGCUCUGUGGGGUGUGACAGUGCCGAAGGAGCAGGUGAGAUGCUGGCCUGGGGUGACAGAGGCUAAACCAGCCCCUCUGACCCCUGGUCACCAAGGGGCCACGUUCCCUUGGAUCGGAUUAAAUGAAGCCCCUGAAUUGUGCCUCUGAAGUGACACCAGUGGAAAUACAGAAGUGGAAACCUUGAGGUGGCCAAAGGCACCCAGACUCCGCAGCCUCAGCACAGAGCCGUGUUUGCAAAACACCCUAAAAAUAGCCCCAGGAAGGGACAAGGACCAGGAGCAAUGACAGGGACGUUUCUAACUGGCUGUGCCCUGCUCCGUGACGAGGCUGGGCCUGUGGGCUGUGCUGAGGGUGGCUGUUCAGCCGUGGGCUGUGGGCUGUGCGCUGGCACUGCAGUGCCAAGGAGCACUGACGUUCCCCUGCUGGCAGGAGCUCAGCCCAAGCCAGAGGAGGCUGUUGCCAGGAGAAUCCCGAGUUGUUUGUGCAGUGACUCCUCUUUGCUGGGCUUGGCUGUGCCGGGCUGUCAGGCAGCACCAGACUGGUACCAGUGCUGUGUCUGGGACAGCCCAUGGUUGUGAGGGUGGGUUUUUAUCCCUUCUUUUCACCUUUUUUUUCCUCCUGUCCCUUUGGAUAAACAGCAAACCCAGUAAAAGAGUCAGAGAAUCCCAGACCAUUUUGGUUGGAAGAGAUAUUAAAGCUCAUCUCGUUCUGCUCCCCUCCGAUGAGCAUUUCCACCAUCCCAGGUUGCUCCAGCCCUGCCAGCUUGGCCUUGGACACUUGCAGGGAUGCAGGGGCAGCCACAGCUGCUCUGGGUACCCUGUGCCAGGGCCUCCCCACCCUGACAGGGAAGAAUUCCUUCCCACUAUCCCAUCUAUCCCUCCCUUCUGGCAGCGGGAAGCCAUUCCCCCAUGUCCUGGCACUCCAGACCCUUUUCCCAAGUCCCUCUCCAGCUCUCUUGGAGCCCCUUUAGGCUCUGGAAUGGGCUCUAAGGUUCCCCCAGAGCCUCCUCCAGGCUGAACACCUUCAGCUCUCCCCGUCUUUCUCCAGUGCAGAGUGGCUCUUGCCCUCUUUGGAGCAUUUUGGCCUCCUCUGGGCUCGCUCCAGCAGUUCCAUAUCCUGCUGAUGUGGGCCAGCGGAGCGGGGCCGGGGUGUUCGCUCGGGGUGCUUCCCUUGGCCCGGGACGCGCUCCCGGGUCGGGCGUGCGGCCGCUCCGGGUAGACCUGGUGUCUGCGCGCUGGCCACGCCCCGCGCCGUCAUUGGUCUGAUUAUUGUAGGGAGGGCACGUUCGCGAGCUCCCAUUGGUCGAGGCGGGCCGGGGGCGUGUCCCCGCCCGUGCUAUGUAAGCGCGGCGGGCGCGGGUUCCGGGGCCGCUGCGGAGCGCGGGGGGCCCGGGGGGACACCGGGGGACACCGGGGCUGUCCCGGGCUGUCCGGGCUGUCCCCACCGCCCAGCCCCAGCGUGAUGCUGGUCGCCGGCUCGCCGUGCAGCCGCGCGGGGCCGGAGGAGCACCGGGGCUGCGGGGCCCGGCGGGGCGGCCAGGAAAGACGAAUCGAGGCUGCCCGGCAGCUGGCGAGGGGCCCCAGCGCCUUCAUUCCCCUGGGAGAGGUCCCGCAGGAGGGCGGGGAGAGCAGCCUGCACCCGCUCCUCGAGGCCUUCGUCUCAGCAGGCAGGGUGGACCACGUCGCCAUGGUCAUGGGGCUGCACCCCCAGUACCUCAGCAGCUUCUGGAAGACCCAGUACCUGCUGCUGCGCAUGGACGGGCCCCUGCCCUACCACAAGCGCCACUACAUCGCCAUCAUGGCAGCAGCCCGGCACCGCUGCUCCUACCUGGUGGGCUUGCACAUGGGGGAGUUCCUGCAGGUGGGGGGCGACCCCGCGUGGCUGCGGGGGCUGCACUGUGCCCCCCAAAAACUCCGGAACCUCAAUGAGAUCAACAAGCUGCUGGCACACCGGCCCUGGCUCAUCACCAAGGAGCACAUCGAGGCUCUGCUGAGGCCGGGGCAGGACAGCUGGUCCCUGGCAGAGCUGGUGCAGGCGCUGGUGCUCCUCACCCACUACCACUCGCUCGCAUCCUUCGUCUUCGGCUGCGGCAUCAAACCCGAGGAGGAGCAGGACGUGGGGAGCAGCUGCUGGGCCCCCUCACCCCACAGCGACAGCAGCCCUGCCUCUGGGGACAGCACGGGGGGCUCUGGGGGCACGGAUGCCGUGCAGGAGGUGGAGGUGCUGAUGGAGAGGAUGAAGCUGCUGCAGGAAAACCAGCUGGAGGAGGAAGGAGUCUCACAGGAGGAGAUGGCGACGCGCUUCGAGCUGGAGAAGACGGAGAGUUUCCUGGUCCCUUCCUCAGAUAUUUUGGAUCCCUCCCUGCAGUCCAACAUCCGCUGCUUCCUGGAGGACCCUGAAUUCGGGUACAAGGACUUCACACGGAGGGGGGAGCAGGCCCCCCCCACUUUCCGUGCACAGGAUUACACCUGGGAGGACCACGGCUACUCGCUGAUCAACCGCCUGUACCCAGACGUGGGGCAGCUCCUGGAUGAGAAGUUCCAGGUGGUUUACAACCUGACCUACAACACCAUAGCCAUGCACUGUGGCGUGGACACCUCCGUGCUGCGCCGGGCCAUCUGGAACUACGUCCACUGCGUCUUCGGCAUCCGCUAUGAUGACUACGACUACGGGGAGGUGAACCAGCUCCUGGAGCGCAACCUAAAGGUCUACAUCAAGACAGUGGCCUGCUACCCAGAGAGGACGACCAAGCAGAUCUACGCACAGUUCUGGAGGCACUUCAAGCACUCAGAGAAGGUGCACAUCAACCUGCUCCUGCUGGAGGCACGCAUGCAGGCGGCUCUGCUCUACGCCCUCCGGGCCGUCACCCGCUACAUGACCUGAGCUCCUCUGCUCCUGCUCCUGCCCUGGCUGUGCGGGAACGGCCAGGGGGCAGCUGCAACCCUGGGAAUCCCACUGGAGUAUUGUCUCCCUGCUUCACGGGCUCAGAGCCGUGGGAGCAAAGUGGGAGCUUCCCUGCGCUCUCUCCCCGGAGAGGGGAGCCCCCGGGAAGCUGGCGGGGCUGGGCAGAGCCCCCGUGCUGCCCUGGGCUUGCCAGAGCUGCCAGUGCUCCACUGCUCCGUGCCUUUCUGGGGCUGCCCCCAGUGAAGCCAGACUGGGGUGUCUGUGGCUGCAGGGCUGGUGUCACACCCCUGUGACGUGUCCUGGCACCAAGGCUGCCACCGAAGAGGACUGUCCCCCUGCCAGAGAUGGCAGAGGACAUCAUGGGCUUCAUCCCUGCCUUUUGGGUGCUGCUGUGCUGGGACACACAGCUGCUGGUGGGGUGCUGCCCAGGCACCCCUCCCCACCUUUCUGCCUCAUCCCCUGCAGUUUGGGAUGUGAAGUGCCUUUAAGCUAAGUGCCAGGGCAGGAGCAGGGAAAGGGAAAGAAUACCUGAGUGUUUUACACCUUUUUGCAUUGUUUUCCAACCACUGGCACAUCUCCACUGCCUCAGCUUCAGGGGCUGGGCUGGGGAGCUGUGCUGGGGCGCAAGGCUCCCUCAGCCCCUCUCCGGCUGCGAGGGUGGCAGGGCGGGAUGGGCUGGCCUCGGCUUCAUCGGGAUCUGCCAGAGCAUUCCCAGCAGCACGUGGAGGUGCCCGCUGGGGAGCGGGAUCCAGGGCCAGCAGCAUCGCCACCCUUGGCUGGGCUGUUGAAUGAGAGCUCCAGUUAAGUUAUUUCUAGUUUUUUUGGAUAUAUUAACUCCUGACGAGGCAUGGGUAUGCCUCUGUAACUUUGCUAUUAAUCUUGUUUGAAAAAAUAAAAUAAUUAUUUUUUAAUUCUUUUUCACUUUCUCCUUGGUCAGCCCAGGGGCUAUUCCUGUGUGGCAGGCGCAGAGUGCAGGGGUCCUGCUGCUCUGGGACUCCCCAGGAGCAUCCCCCAGUUGUCCAGGGAGGAGGUGGGAGGUCUGAGUACCCCCAUUUGCCCGAGGGGGAUGGGUUUGACUGCAGUGAAGUCUCUUUGUGGUGACUGCUCCCAGUCUUCCCAGGCUGUAGCACCUUCCCGGGAAGCCAGGCUUCAGGCACGGCGCUCAUCCCGCGGUGUGUGUCCCCCGGGAUGCUCUGAGCCCUGCAGUGGUGCCGGGGGCACAGCAGGACACCCCAAGCCCUGCAGUGGUGCCGGGGGCACAGCAGGACACCCCAAGCCCUGCAGUGGUGCCGGGGGGCACAGCAGGACGCCCCAAGCCCUGCAGUGGUGCCGGGGGGCACAGCAGGACGCCCCAAGCCCGUGGCGUGGAGCCCAGAACUAAUCAGGGCGAGGGCAGGAGCCCCUGGCAGCUGCUGAUAAGCUCCUGGGGAGGGGCAGCCCUGCAGGGAAGGCUCUGCCCCGUGUGCCCCAGGAGCUGAGCCUGGCUCUGGGGCUGCUCGGGACCCUCGGGGGCCCUGCCCUGCUGCCCCUGAGCAGAGGGGCUGGGAGGGACACCUGGCGAGGGUGUGCUGGGGUGGCAGGGCAGAGUCCCUGCUUUGGGGAAAGAGGCUUGAGGGCAGCUGGUUUUGGGAAACUGAGGCAGGAGGACAGGGCUCCCUGGGCUUUGCUGUAGUGCCAGAGGUCCUGGUGGAGAUAAGAGCCCCACAAAGUGCUGUUCUUUCAGGGGGACUGGGGCGCCUGGGGAGCUGAGCCAGCCCUUGGGUCUCCUUCAGCUCACACCCUGGGUCACGGCAUCACUUCACCCCCCUUUGUUUUUUCAGUCAGUCAUAAUUAUAAACCAAUAAUAAACCAAUAAAUUCCUCGUCUGGUGCAUAA